AGAUCGUUUCCCCUACUACAAGUCCAAUGAUGAUCGCUGGAAGAACUCGGUUCGACAUAACCUCUCCAUAAAUCCACAUUUUCGUAAAGGACACAAAGCUCCACAAGGAGCUGGCCACCUAUGGACAAUAUCAAGUGGAGAUUCCGCUGAGAAUGUACUGGCCUGGGAGCAUAAAAAACAACGAUUGGAUUUAUUUUUCAAAAUGGAAUCAAUGAACCGCGAAAGACUUGCCCAACAGCAGCUGCAACAACAACAACAAUCAUCUGGUAACAGCAGUACAAGGCAUCAAUCCCAAUGCAAAAAUCCCAAACACAAUAGUUCGCAACAGGAUCCCUCGUUAUAUGAUGAGGCAGCUGUGGCAGCAGCCGCCAUACAACAGGAAAUGUUACAACAGCAGGGACACACAACCUCCGGCAAAGAUAUAGCACAUCAUCAACAUGCCCAUCAUCAUCAGCAGCGAACGAUAUUGCAUGCCAGCACGGGCCAGCCGCAACAACAUCAUCAUCACCCUUCUCAUUCUCAAGCGUUACACGAUCUGCCCUAUAAUGAACUUCUGUCCGAGGAAGAAUUACGAAAAACAGCUGGCCAAAUCCUAAAUGGUAUCCAUCGUGAGGUGGAGGUACAAUCGGUUAAUCAUCAUCAAUCGUUAAUAAGCACCUAUCAGGAUGUUCUAUUGGAAAAUGAUUAUCUCAAUCCAAUACAUAAAGAUGUUGCCGUCAAUGAAAGUGGUCUACAUCAAGUGAAUACAACAAUGCCCACAAGCCUUAAUCACAAUUCCAGUCAUUCGACAGCAACAACAACGACACCGUAUUAUGUUACCGAAAUCGAUCCAAUGGAGCUGGGCAUUCAAAUGUCAGCACAUCCAAAUCCAUUGGUACACAAUACCGAUGUGAUUUUAUUUAACGAUGAAUUCAAUUUAAAUUAUUUCACCUAUAAUCCCACCACCGAUAUUGUUGCUUGACCCAAAUAUUUGAGAGAAACGCUGCAGCAGCAGC